AAGUUUUUUCUUAACAAACUAGCAUGCUUUCUCCACAAGAAUCAGCUGGUCGGAGUGGCGUUGUGCUGUUUCCUUCUCAGAAGGAUUCUUAUGUUUCCCCACGAAUUGGUAUUGCUGUAGCAGCUCGGGAUUCUGAGAUCUACAGUCCUGGAAUUUCUCUUCUUGAGCUUGAGAAGAAGGAACGUAUAGAUGUUAAGGCUUUCUGCUCAGACGCCUCAUACUACAAGCUCUCAGCAGUGUUAAAUAUGACGUCGGACAGAACAAAGGUUAUUCAUCUCCAGCCAAACACUUUAUUCAUCAACAGGGUGGGUGUCAGCAUCUGUCUUCAGCAGUGCGAUUGUCAGACAGAAGAAUGGAUCAAUCCUUCUGAUCCUCCAAAGCUCUUUAGAUGGCAGUCUUCCACCAGGACUGAGUUGCUAAAAUUACGAGUGCAGGGAUAUGGAUGGAGCACACCAUUCAGUGUCUGUAGCGAAGGUGCAGUGCGUGUCCCUAUUGGAAGAGAAGAUGGGACUGAUCAAUUGCUGCUAAGAGUACAAGUCAGAAGCGGGACAAAGAACUCACGUUACGAAGUUAUUUUCAGGCCGAACUCUGUGUCCGGUCCUUACAGGAUCGAGAACCGUUCCAUGUUUCUUCCUAUUCGCUAUCGCCAAGUGGAUGGUGUCAGCGAGUCCUGGCAGUUUCUUCUUCCUAACGCGGCUGCUUCGUUUUAUUGGGAAAAUCUUGGUAGACGUCAUCUAUUUGAACUCCUUGUUGAUGGAAACGAUCCUUCUAAAUCAGAAAAAUACGAUAUUGAUCAAAUUGGUGAUCAUCCGCCACGAAGUGAGACUGGACCUACCAGAUCCAUACGAGUUACUAUUGUAAAGGAAGACAAAAGGAACGUUGUGAGAAUUAGUGACUGGAUGCCUGCAAUUGAGCCUACUUCCAGCAUAAACAGAAGACUUCCAUCAUCAUCUUUGUCGGAGUUAUCUGUAAAUGAGUCUCAGCAAUCUCAUCUUCUGGCCUCGGAAGAGUCCGAGUUUCAUGUGGUUGUUGAGCUCGCUGAGCUCGGAAUCUCCGUAAUCGAUCAUGCUCCAGAGGAAAUACUGUACAUGUCAGUGCAAAACCUCCUUGUGGCAUAUUCAACUGGCUUGGGCUCUGGGCUUAGCAGGUUCAAACUGAGGAUGCAAGGAAUACAAGUGGACAACCAAUUGCCAUUGGCUCCAAUGCCGGUUCUGUUCAGACCACAGAGAACUGGAGAUAAAGCUGAUAACAUUCUGAAGUUUUCGGUUACUUUGCAGUCAAAUGCUGGUCUCGAUCUCCGUGUCUUCCCGUAUAUAGGUUUCCAGGGACGUGAAAAUACGGCCUUUCUAAUUAACAUUCACGAACCUAUAAUCUGGCGCAUUCAUGAGAUGAUUCAGCAAGCCAACUUGAGUAGACUUUCAGAUUCUGGGUCGACAGCUGUAUCAGUUGAUCCAUUCAUUCAAAUCGGGGUUCUUAACAUCUCAGAAGUUAGAUUUAAAGUGUCCAUGGCCAUGUCCCCAAGUCAAAGGCCGAGGGGAGUUCUUGGAUUCUGGUCAUCCCUGAUGACUGCUCUUGGGAAUACCGAAAACAUGCCAGUACGCAUAAGUGAAAGAUUUAGUGAGAACAUAUCCAUGCGACAAAGUACUAUGAUCAAUAAUGCUAUUAGGAACGUAAAGAAAGACCUACUUGGCCAGCCUCUUCAGUUGCUCUCAGGUGUUGACAUUCUUGGCAAUGCAAGCAGCGCGCUUGGACAUAUGAGUCAAGGCAUAGCUGCAUUAUCAAUGGACAAAAAAUUCAUCCAAAGUCGACAGAGACAGGAGAGCAAAGGUGUUGAGGACUUUGGCGACAUUAUCAGAGAAGGAGGUGGAGCUCUAGCGAAGGGCCUGUUUAGAGGAGUCACAGGCAUAUUGACAAAGCCCCUCGAAGGUGCAAAGUCUUCUGGUGUCGAAGGCUUUGUAUCAGGUUUUGGGAAAGGAAUUAUUGGUGCUGCUGCCCAACCUGUGAGUGGAGUUCUGGAUCUUUUGUCGAAAACUACUGAAGGUGCAAAUGCCAUGAGGAUGAAGAUAGCAGCAGCCAUCACUUCAGAUGAACAACUUCUUCGCCGGAGACUUCCAAGAGCCGUUGGUGCUGAUAGCCUGCUUCGUCCAUACAAUGAAUACAGAGCACAGGGGCAGGUCAUAUUGCAGUUGGCAGAAUCUGGAUCAUUCCUUGGCCAGGUUGAUCUGUUCAAAGUACGUGGAAAGUUUGCAUUAACAGAUGCUUACGAAAGUCACUUCAUCCUACCGAAAGGAAAAGUUCUAAUGAUCACACAUCGAAGAGUGAUAUUACUACAACAACCCUCAAACAUAAUGGGUCAAAGAAAGUUUAUCCCGGCCAAAGAUGCGUGCUCUAUACAGUGGGACGUUCUAUGGACUGAUCUGGUAACCAUGGAACUGACUGACGGGAAAAGAGACCAACCUAACUCUCCACCUUCGCGUCUUAUUCUCUAUCUGAGAUCAAAGUCGCAUGAUUCAAAGGAUCUGAGAUCAAAGCUACAUGAUUCGAAGGAACAGUUCCAUAUUGUCAAAUGCAGUCCAAACACCAAGCAGGCCUUUGAGGUUUACUCAGCCAUCGAUCUAACCAUUAACUUGUACGGGCAAAAUGCUUCAAAGGGAUUGGUGAAAACCAAAGUGACAAGGCCGUACUCCCCGAUGUCUGAGAGUUCUUGGGCUGAAGGAGGUUCUCAACAAAUGCCAGCUUCAGUUGCACCAACUUCAACCUUUGGCACAAGCCCAACGACCAGCUCGAGUUAAGGUUUUAAGAUGUUUGAAUCUCCGAGCUCUGUCUCCUUCCAGUGUUCCCAUUUUCUUCCUGGUGGGCGAGAAAAAACACAGCUUUGGUCUAAAACAUACAUUUCAUUUUGCUCUAAUACUCAUGGUGUAGGAUUUUUGCAACAGUACCUUAGAAAUAUAAAAUAUGUUCGUGUAUAUAAAUGUCUGCAGUACAGACUUCUCAAACAUCAGACUCGUGUGGAUCAACACAUGUAUACGACGCCACGUGUUGCCUUAUACUCCCUCUGUUUUUUAAAGAUGGAUGUUCUAGAGAAAUAUUUUGUUUCCAAAA